AUGGCAACUACUCGCUCACAGAGAAAACUGAGAUCGGCACCCCGACGGCCGCCUGCCUCUUCUCGAGCACCCGUCUCGACCCGAUCCACCAUUCGUUCUUCUCGAUCUACCGCCGGUGCUCGGUUGACAGUCGGCACCUCUUCCAGUGCCGCGUCCGGAUCCUCCAGUGCCACAACCAGAUCUAAACGUGUCGCGAAUGGGUCUAUCCGUUUAACUACUGGAUCUUCUCGUUCCACCACCGGUGCUCGAUUGACCGCCGCCACCUCUUCCCGUACCACGUUCGGACGCUCUAGUGUCACAACCAGAUCCAAAUGUGUCGCGAAUGGGUCUAUCCGUUCAACUACUGGAUCUUCUCGUUCCACCGACGGUGCUCGGUCGACCGCCUCCAUCGCUUCCAGUGCCGCGUCCGGAUCCUCCAGUGCCACAACCAGAUCCAAAUGUGUCGCGAAUGGGUCUAUCCGUUCAACUACUGGAUUUUCUCGUUCCACCGACGGUGCUCGGUCGACCGCCUCCAUCGCUUCCAGUGCCGCGUCCGGAUCCUCCAGUGUCACAACCAGAUCCAAAUGUGUUGCGAAUGGGUCUAUCCGUUCAACUACUGGAUCUUCUCGUUCCACCGACGGUGCACGGUCGACCACCUCCACCGCUUCCAGUGCCGCGUCCGGAUCUUCCAGUGUCACAACCAGAUCCAAAUGUGUCGCGAAUGGGUCGAGCCGAUCGACGACAAAAAUUCCUGAAUCUGCUGCCUCCGAAUCCGCAACAGCCACAAUCGUUUCCAUCGUGCCUUGCAAUGGAAAAGGUACGAGUGUGAACUCUCACGCUUGAAAUUUCCACGCAGCUGAAAAUCCACGCGUGUCCAUAACUGCUUUUGGCAACACAUAAGAAAUUAGGGAACUUUCGUGACGUUACAAAUUUGGAACAUUAGUUCAAACAAAUUACAGAGCAAAGAGCGGCUAAACGGAAUGCCACCGUCAUGAUGAGCCCGAAGAUGUUGGUUGCCGGCAGAAACGAAUCAGUUAACACCGUACAGGCCGACCAAUCAGCAAUCGGUAUGAAUGAAUAUAUUGUUUUCAUCAAGUUUUUUUUCCAUUUUCAGUUAUGGCGAUACCAGAAAGCAUGAAGGAGGCUAUCGAUGCUCAGCUGAACGGAACAUUUUUUCUGAAGCACGAUAUUAAGCAAGUACCGACAAGGAAGUACUCGGAAAAUGAUCUCGAUAAAAUUACACACAAAACUGCAUACACCGUUCAGGCGGUGUACAAGGUGAAUUUUAACUUCAUCACUUACUGUGAAAUUGAAAUAAUGUGUUUAUUUUUUCAACCGGGGAACCUUCCGAGUUCACGUAUCUGCCUCUAUGUACUAGGCUUGUUUUCAAGCAUUGUCAAACAUUUACACAAAUCAGCAGGAAUGCAUUUUCACUCUUGAAUUUCCUAGGCCCGACCUCAAUUUUGAUUGCGGACUAUUUUUCGCACAGACUUUUUUGAAAUUCGGGCAGUUAAUGUGACAAUAAAAAACGAGCCAGACUGACAAAUCAACUGGAAUGGUUAUAGUGUUCUUUAACUUUCUCCAUCGGAAAACAAGUGUUUGCAGAAACCAAAUGACUCAUGGUUAGUGUACUACGAAGGCUGGACGUGCACAACAAUGACGGUGGAAUCGGAAGAGUACGUCUCCCAACAGUUUAAACAGGCGAAGGAAGAGGCUCUCACCAGAGUCGAGUUUAUGACGAAAGUGCUCCAGAAGAAAAACGAUAAAAAUGGGAAGAAUUGGAAAAUUCCCGACCCGGCAGCCCUGAAAGAAAAUCCAGAAGCGUUGUUCUGGCUUUUCGAAGAUCUGAGCUAUGCUCACACGCUUCUCAACGGCCAGUUUGGCUUACCGCUGAUGUGGUACCUGAACAUGUCAGGGAGAAUUUGCAACCCACCAAAGUACAUCGUGAGUCCCAAAAUUCUGAAUUACUCAUCCAUUGUUGAUCUUUUGUAUGUAGUUGGUGCCGGAACUCGUAGUCACCGACUCGAUCCGAACGCUUUGUGCCGCGAAUCAGGUGAACGAGCACAUCAAGAAAAUGAACAAAUGGAAGAGGCUGAGCAGCGAAAAACUCACCACGUCAUGCAUCAGUCGGACCUGUGUCUGCAACAGACGGGUAAAUUUAUUCGUAAACUAUCCAGAACAGAUUUUCCAACGCUUUUAUUUUAGGCGUCUCGGCUCUUCCCGGGGGAUGUACAAUCUUUGGAGUACGGCGCCGACGGAAAGCUCAUCUUCCCGCUUGAAUACAAUCAACAAGGCCGCCGCGUGGUUGUUGAGUGCUCGGACGCGUGCGGCUGCUCGAACGACUGUCCACGCCGCGUUUUGCAAAGGAAACCGGUGGUGCCGUUGUGCAUCAUGUAUGUGGUUGGAAUGCGCUACACCUUACGAACGAUGAAAUCGUUGCGAAAAGGCGAUCUGAUUGUCGAGUACACGGGCCAACUGCUUCUAUUCAAGGAGAAGGAACGUAGGCGCACUUCUUAUGAUGUACGAAUGUCAGUGAUUUCUGACAUGGUUAUAGCAGCCCAUAAUCAAGGGUAUGUGUUUGAAACAGUUUUUUAAGAAAGUCGAACGUUUUUCAGCAACUCCAGCCGUUUUAUUAGCCACAGCUGCGACCCGAGCGCUUGCUUCGUUGAAAUAUUCUCUCGUGCCUACGAAAGCGAAGUUCUUAUCCCCCGUGUGGCAGUGUACGCGCUCAGAGAUAUGGAAAUGGGUGACGAAAUCACCGUCUCGUAUUUCACCGAGGCCGCCGACGACGACGAUCAUGAUGCAGUGGCGUGCCUGUAAGUCACAUGUAAAACUUUUAUUGUAGACUCAGAACUACACACAUUUUCUUCAGUUUUAGAUUCCACAUAGAAAAAUCAGCGCUAAUUGCGUUCGAAAUGUACAUUAAUACUGCAUUGUAUAAUUUUUUAGACGCAUUAUAUAUGUACAAAAUUUUCAGAUGCGGAGAAGCGAAUUGUUUCAAAAGAAUGCCAUCUGGAAAAGUUUAAUUUUUGCUUGUUGAAAUUUAAUUUUACACAUGUUUGCACUGAGUUCUUGUUUUUUCAUGCAAAUUUGAUCGUUAAACAGUUUUUACCACCAAUUAUUUUGUUACAUAUAAUUUCGUCAGCAGUCUCAGAAGUCUUCGGACCGACGACUCCCCCUCCACAGGCGUGGAACAAAUUUUUCAACGCUUGAUACAAGCUGCUCGCUUUAGUCAAGUUGUGCAGUUUCUUCAAAUGCGGAAUGAUUCUGUUCCCCUGAUUUGAAAUGACACAAAUUAGUGAAAGAGACAUGGCGCCAUUACCGAAGAAAACUGUCCAAAAAUAAAUCGAGCGAUGCCGGUUUUGACCUACCACCCGCCAAACGGCGCACUCUCUUUUUCUCUGCGUCUCUCGGCCGGGGGUCCCCCUCGCCGAUCAAUGCGGGUUUUUUUGGGGAUAGCAGUCUGGAGCAAUCAAGAAAAUGGAAGGUAAGUGAGUUGAGAAAGAAUUUCAAGACGCAAAAUGUCUAAUUUUCAGAACAUCGAAUUGGAUAAGUCGCUGAACAACGAUGCGAUCGGAUGGGAUGAGAUGGGAUUGGAUGGAUGGCUCAACGCCUAG